AUGAAGAGAAAAAGACCAGGCAAAGACGACCCCACCCCUGGGAAGCCCCUCCCGUCGGGCAGCGCCGCCUUUAUAAGCGGGUUCCCUGCCCGGGGGCGGCAGCGGCUGGUCGGCGGCAGCUCUGCUGGUGCGGGGGCGGCGAGCCGAGGACCGAGCGACCGCGGCCGGAGCGCGCCGGCCACCGCCCGCACCGCCCUUCCGCCCGCCCUCCGGACGGCCGCAGCCCUGCGGGUCUCCGCUCCAGACCCACCCCCGCCCCACCCCGCGCGCCUCUGCCGCCUCUUCCAGAGACCCAGCUUGCUGAGCGGCCGCCGCUGCCGCUGUCGCCGCCGCCGCCGCCACCGCGCCAGGUUCCGGCCGCGGCCACCCUCCGCCGUCCAGGGCCCCUCCGUCCCGGCCCCGGGACCCCGGCUCCCCGCCAGCCCCGGCCCCGGCCCCGGCACCAUGUCGGAGAAGAGCGUGGAGGCAGCGGCCGAGUUGAGCGCCAAGGACCUGAAGGAGAAGAAAGAGAAGGUGGAGGAGAAGGCCAGCCGAAAAGAGCGAAAGAAAGAAGUGGUGGAGGAGGAAGAGAACGGAGCUGAGGAGGAAGAAGAAGAAACUGCUGAGGACGGAGAGGAGGAGGAUGAAGGGGAAGAAGAAGAUGAGGAAGAAGAAGAAGAUGAGGACGAAGGGCCCGCGCUGAAGAGAGCUGCUGAAGAGGAGGAUGAAGCGGAUCCCAAGCGGCAGAAGACAGAAAAUGGGGCAUCGGCAUGAGCCCCCUGCCAAUGGGCUGGGGGUGGGAGGCCCCUCCGGGCCUGGAGGUGGGGGUGAGAACAGACGAGUGCAGCCACUCUUCACCUGGCUCCUGGCUCUGGACCCUGCACCAGAGCUGCCACCCUCUUUGUCCCCAGCCUUUCUCAUGUCCGCCUCUCCAGACACUGCCCCUUCUAUCCUCACUCUGCCAUUGUUCCACCUCUUGACCUGCUCCAUCUGAGCUCCCCAGCUGGUCUCCAAUCGCUCCUCUCCCUGACCCUGCUCUCUCCCUCCCUCCCCGACCCCUCCUCCGGUAGCCUCUCCUUCCUCACCUCUGCAUCCCAGCCUCCUAUCCUGUCCAUCCCUACCCUGCCUGAUCCCUGGGUCUCCCUCAGAUCCCCUUCUCUCAGACAGCGCCAGGCCGGGGUGGGGCCAGGGUUGGGGCCGAGCCCCACAGCUGCCCCCCUCCCCUCUCCUCCCCUUUUUGUAUAAUUUAAUAAAGAAACGGUCGCGCUUCUGUUUUUAA